GGGCCUCCCCGGGACACCGUCUCGAAGCCGCACGGCUCUUAAAGAAGACCAACCUUUUCCCCAGGAAACGAUUUGGGGGUGCCCGGGGGUCGUCGCCGGCGCCAAAGAUCUCCACUAGCCUCGAAGCCGAUUCCCGCAGAUCCUUCAUCCCAAUCGCCGAUUACUGGUCCGUAAUGGCUCGUCUUUAUGUUGGCAAUUUAGACCCCCGAACGACUGCUCGGGAGCUUGAAGACGAGUUCCGAGUGUUUGGUGUUCUUCGAAGUGUGUGGGUUGCUAGAAAACCUCCAGGCUUUGCUUUCAUUGAUUUUGAUGAUCGGAGAGAUGCUCAGGAUGCAAUACGUGAUCUGGAUGGCAAGCAUGGAUGGAGAGUUGAGCUGUCCCAUAACUCUAGCAGCAGCCGUGGUCGUGACCGUCAUGGAGGUUCAGAUAUGAAAUGCUAUGAAUGUGGAGAGCCUGGUCAUUUUGCACGCGAAUGCCGUUUGCGAAUUGGUUCUGGAGGAUUAGGAAGUGGAAGGCGUAGGAGUCGGAGUCGGAGCCGAAGCAGAAGUCCCAGAUAUCGUCGAAGCCCAAGCUAUGGUCGAAGGAGUUAUAGUCCUCGUGAUCGCUCCCCUAGACAGCGUAGUCCAUCACCUCGUAGGCGUAGUUAUAGCAAGUCUCCUGAUGAUGAUCGUCAUCGUUCUGAAUCGCCACAUACUAAUGGAUAUAGGCGUAGCAGGAGCUGAGAACGGUUUAUGUGGUUAGAUGCCUCCCUGUGUGAGCGGUUGCUCUUUGGGCUUUUGUCGAAAUGAAUUGUCUUCUAUUUGAUCAACACUUGACAUCUUGAAUUUGGAUAAGUCUCUUUGAACUUUAUCUACCUUAUACAUGUCUUUCAUCAAACAUCAUGGACAUGUGGUAUUUAGUUAAGUAGUAGGCAAUGAUGUUACUAGGAUGGUAAAUUACAACUAAACUAUAUAUGUUCUUUUUUUUGUGUGUCGAGGAGGCGAGAUCCUGCUUUAACAA